GGUACAAAAGGAAAUCAUGUAUCUAUAAAUUAUUUAAUAGUUUAAUUUAGUGAUAAAUUCAAGCGGGACUCAAAGAGCAGUUUGUGAUUCUGUUUUGUUUGCACUUCCCGACCACCGUAGCAAGCGGAGGGGGCCCGCCUCGUAAAGCACCCUUGCUUAUGGAAGUUCCGGGCUAGAACUGUCAAAAUAAAAUCUCACCAAACGACAACCGGUUCAAACACAACAUAUUUCGUUCACAAAACACAACAGGGUGGGACAGCGGACAGAGUAGAUAUUUGUCGCGGGGCGGGAUGAACACUGCGAGUUGUGAUUGUUCUUUGAAUUUACGAGGCGCUAGCGUUUUAUUGUGUACGAAAACGGCGUUUCCUCCGUGUUAUUGUUACGACACACGCGUGCUCGACGCCACUUCCUGGAAGAUUGACAGCUUCGCCCCACUCUUCAGUGGUUUUGGUGACGCGACUUCCAGUGUUGUGUGACGGCCGCAGCGAGGCUCCAACAGUUUUUUUUGGAUCCGCUUUUCGCCCAGCUGGACGCCAUAAUGUUCGAGCGUUCGUAGGUUUCGUCAAAAGGGAGACGGCGCGAGGCCGGCGGAGUGACGCGGGCGCUGGAAACAAAGUAACAAGAGGCGAGCCCCCCGACGCGAGGGCUCGAUGGCGGCUGGGGAUGGAGCCCAGCUGCCGGCCACAGUCGCGGCCAGUCGGAGUGUGGAGAAAGCCCUGGAGGACGCCGCCGCCAGCGGGGCUCUCAACUUGGCCAACCGAAAACUCAAAGAGUUCCCCCGGAGCGCCAAGAACUACGACCUAUCCGACAUUACCCACGCAGAUCUGUCAAAGAAUCGUCUGUGUGAGCUGCCGGAGGAGCUCGGUCACUUUAUCUCAUUGGAGACGCUGAGUCUUUACCACAAUGGGAUGCGUUCACUGUCCCCCUGCCUGGGGAACCUCCAGGCCCUCACCUACCUCAAUCUCAGCCGUAAUCUGUUGUCCAGUUUAUCUCCGUCUGUGUUUGAGCUUCCUCUCCUGCGAGUGCUCAUCGUCAGCAACAACAAGCUGUCUUCACUGCCUGCCUCCAUAUUUGCCCUCGCACAUCUACGACAGCUGGACGUGAGCUGCAAUGAGCUGCGGUGUUUGCCCGCGGAGCUCGGCCAGCUGGAGUGUCUGCGGGACUUGAACCUGAGGAGGAACCAGCUCACCGCUUUGCCCGAAGAAAUUUCUGAGCUCCCGCUCAUCCGCCUCGAUGUGUCCUGCAACCGGAUUACCCAGGUGCCCCUGUGCUACCGUCACCUGCGGCACCUUCAGAGCAUCUCGCUGGACAGUAACCCGCUGCAGAUGCCCCCCGCGCAGAUCUGCUCCAAGGGCAAAUACCACAUAUUCAAGUAUCUGAACAUGGAGGCCUGUAAGAGGAGCCAGGAGGAGCUGGAGAGACACCUGAGGCCCACCGGCUUUAACAGCUGUUUGUCUGACCAAGAGCUGUUCACCAGUCAGUUUGGAGGGCUCGACUCUGGUUUUAACAGUGUCGACAGUGGCAGCAAAAGAUGGUCUGGGAAUGAGUCCGCAGAUGACUUCUCAGAACGUUCCCUCCGCAUUUCUGAGGUCAGCAGAGACCAGCGAAAUCUGGAGGAGGAAUCUCCCCUUGAAGUCAGCAAAGUCAACGGGCGAGCGGAGCAGGUCGACUUCAUCGACAGCAGUGUGACGGAGGAAGAGGAGGAGGAAAUGAAGACGGACCCUCUCACGCCACCUCUUAUAGCGCUGGAGCUGAAGGAGAGAACUGCGCUGUCCCUCAACAACGAGGCUACAAUACGCCGAUCCAGUCUUCACGUGGAGGUCGCCGCCCGGUUACCCUCUCCCUCGCUGUCGCCCAAAUCUCCCUCCAGCCCCAGCACGGAGGAGCGCCGCCGGCCAGGCACGCUGCUCAUCUGGCAGGAGCGAGAGCGACUGCAGCAGCAACAGGGAGAGAAGGCCAGCUUGCUGAAGUCGUUCACCAAAACAGGAAGUCUUGUCACCUCUGCAGUGCCGACAGGAAGUAGUAGCUCCGAUGGCCCAUCACCAGAAAGUAGUCCCUCCCACUGUGGCCUCCGACCGAGAUGUGCCAGCACCGAACACGCCGCCGCUUUGUGUUCUUCGGCGACGCUGCAUCUUCAACGCUCAAGGAGCAGAACAGAGGGGCCGUCCUCCCCGAAGACAUCUCCACCUGCACUGAACCAGAAACCCAACAGCUUCCUGUUCCGCACAUCGUCCCGCAGCAACGUCCGACCUACAGGUAAGCGUGCGACAAUCAAUGCGAGCUCCCGAGGUCCGGCUUUGGCACUGUCUGUGUCGUCUACAGGUUUCUCCCUCAGCGAGACGGGCAGGAGCGAGUCCCGCGCGACCGUGCGUUCGCCCAAGGAAGAGAGGGCGGACGCCGCGCAGCUUCGUAAGACGCUGGAAGCCCGGCUCAAGAUCACCCUGGCCGAGGACCUGGGGGAGGCGCUGUCCGACGGCACCGUCCUCUGUCAGCUGGUCAACAGCGUUCGAGCGCGUUCCGUCUCCAUCAUUCACAUUCCGUCCCCCGCAGUGCCCAAACUGAGCUCAGCCAAGUGUCGACUCAACGCGGAAAACUUCAUGGCCGCUUGCCGCAAGCUGGGCGUCCCCGAGACGGACAUGUGUGUGUGCUCUGAUGUGCUUCUGUCUAAGCUGCCCCGUGUGCGGCGCUGCGUGGAGGCCUUGCUGGCCCUGGAGGAUGGAACCCCGCUGCUGGCCGCAGAUUUCCUGCUCUUCUACUGCGCCGCCAUGGCGCUGCUCUACGUCCUCUACUACUCCCUGCUCGCCUAAGACCAAACACACACACACGCAGCACAAAGCCCUGAAAUGCCUUCGCUUAAUCUUGGAACACACAGAAAACCACUACAUGCCCUCCAUUUUCUCCCUAGAAUGUGUUUUAUAUUUAUGGCGAAAGCAUUAUACAGGGUGCCGACAUUCAGCAACGUACUGUUAAGCAUUUCCUCGCCCCCCCUUUAUUUGUACUUACUUUGCACUGCUUGGAUCUUCGAAAAAGGAAGGGAGCAUCCUAAAGGCCGCGUGAGCUGAAGGCAUACUGUGAAUGUCUGCUUUACGAUCGGUUUUACCAUUUCAAGCAUUUGCAAGCGAGACCCGAGUGCCUCCGAACUGACAAGACUGACAACUCGCGUCCACACUAAAAAGGUACAGACUACUUUUUGACGUCUUUGACGACUGGCUGACUGUAUAAAUGUAAACAGGUUAUUAAAUUAUAUAUAUUUUGUAUUUAUAAGUUUAUUGUUUUGUUGAAAGGCUUUCACUAAGAAACUUGCGAAAGCUCCAACAGGGAAAUGUGAUUGAUUUUCUAUUAUUCAGGCUUAAAAUAACAGAUUUUUUUUUUUCCUGCAUUAUUUUAGCAUUUGUAAAUCAUCAAAGGCUUUACGGUGGCUACAUUGCACAUUGCUGUCAAUGUCAUCGUCGUUGCGCAAUUGAAACAUUUCCGCAUUGAUAAAAUGUCGAUGAUCGCUAUGAGACCGUUUUGAGAUCCGACAAUUGGGCUUUUGCUGAAUUUGAUCGUAAGCGAAGGGGAAAAAAUGCCCAAAUUCACCCCGAUUAUCGGUACGUCUGUACCCUAUACUUUGCGAUUGUCAACGCCGACUGUUUUCCGAGCAUAUCUGCUUGGAAAAAGCACAGCACAUAAUCGGUCAGGAUAAUCUUUCAACGACAUCUGGCAAUAGGGCUUUUGCUGACUUCGAUCGCAAAAGGGGAAAACUGGUCGAAUCCGGACCGAUUAUGGGUAUGUACCUGACUUAUCUGCCUUAUUACUGCACAUAAAUGGUCAAUAGCAACUAACUUGCCGCUGCAUUCUCAUUGUACGUUGAUAGCAAGUUAAAACAUGACAACUGUUGUGCGUUGAUUUCUCCGUUUUGCUGUCUACGUUUGUCCCGCUAGCCAAACUGUCCUGCUGCUGUCUUUCUAUUGGCCUACUGUUUGCAUUUGAUGUACACUGUUUGAAUUCAAAAUGUCUAUUUUAUAACUCGAACCGGCACACCCCCGCCGGUUUCCAACUAUUCCGAAAUACGUCCGCAAAGCAGAAAUUCCCAGUUAUCUUUUUUUAUAUUUAUAUACACUUUAUUGAGACUACUUUUUCAAGUGAUAUAAAUAUAUUUGUUAGAUUCUUUUCUUCCCUGUUGUAAAGAAUUUAUUAAACCCUACUGUUGCAAAGAAUUUAUUAAAAAAAUGGACUUUGA